CGUAGCUGGAGAGCUGUAUCAUGUUCCUCAGCAAGUGGCACUGUACAUGAGUGGCACUGGAGGAGCGAAGAAACAUGUCAGCCAGCUGUAUGCACAUUCACUUAAAGUGAAAGGUUUUGUCAGUAUCGUCCUUUGUCGUCCGUGUUUAGGUGCAAAUGUGAUCUGACUUUUCUUGUCUUCUAAGGUAAGUUGGGGCAAAUUUAAUGUAGACACAAAAAAUGGUAAGCAAACGUUCUGAUUUAGCUAAGUGGCUAAACAGAAUUUUUAAAUGCUUUAGUUAAUAUUUUAAGCCCGUGAAAACAUAUUUUAGUUGGUAAUUAACAUUUGCAUAUAAACACAUAUUGUGCUGUUAGUAUUACUAAUGUAUUUAUAAAGCAUACGCGACAUUCGUCAUGUAGCCUACUGCAUGCCGAUACUGUCAUGACUUAAUGUAUGACAAUAAACGUUCAUUCAGUGCGUUGAGUAAAUUCGCCAAUAGUAAUUGCAAAUGUUGCUGUGUAAUUCAGCUGCAACUUGCUGUAUGGAAAGUAAGUGGUUAUUAUGGUUAUGGAAAAUGAAGGUCAUGUGGCGAAGUAAAUGGAAUUUCUUGGCUUGGCCAGGGCACGCAUGCUAAAGUUAUUUUAGUUUGUCUGUUGCUUGUGUUUAGCAAGUCUGUGUGCGAAUGUUACGUUAGUUUACUAGAUUGGCGCAUUACUUGAUAGCUCCGGCAUUGUAGUUUUGACUGUAAAACGUGUUUGCGACGUUAGAUAACAUAGUUACCUAACAUGGAUUAAAGUGGAAUUUUGCUAGAAAUCCCUUGUGAUAAAGUUGCCCCCCUCUUGGAAACGCCGUUGCCCGUUAUUAAUCUACUUGACGAAGCCCAUGACAUUUAGAAAAUCAUAUAAAGAUUUAAAUUGUUUACUUUCUGUUUAUUUAAUUUUUUAAAUAAUUUAUUUUCUUAUUUAUUUUACGCGUGUAUUAGGGCGGGUGGCAUAAACUCUGGUUAGAUAAACUUAACUGAUUUUACUCUUUAAAUGCAAAUGCCAUCUAAUGUUUAAAUGGUUUUGACUAAAUCAAGUGCCAUAUAUUAAUAAAGCCCCGUGCUUCAUAAUCUGAGGGUGCGGCUUGAUUCACGUUUCUAUUGGAAAUGUGUUUCCUUGAUUAACAUUAGUAUGUGCAGAAAAAACCCACUUAGGCCUACGUACAUUAUCGGGCGUUUUCACUUACUGUUACCAUUAUUCCGCACCUCUGUUACAAUCAUACCGACUUGGUGGUAUGAAUGUAAUAUCUGACUGCGAAAACUUUAGUUUUAAUUGUAUCUGGCUGGAUUGAGUUAUAAAUGCAAUUGCAUGUGAAUGACUACUGACAUGUCAAAGCUGUUUGAAGUAAAAUUUAAUAGUGCUAGGCUAAAUAUUUUAUAUGUAAAUGUGCACAAUCUUACAACUGUUACAUUUAUAGCAAUGCUCUGCUUAAUAGUUUAAAGGUUAUGCUUUAUGCCCCUUUUUUCCAGCACACCGGCCGCCCCUGGUACAAAUAUAAACUGAAUAUAUGAAACCGAAAUUGGUUGAUAAAAAGGGUCUAUGUUAUAGUGACUACUAAUACAAUGAUAAGCUUUGCAUCUAACAUUCUGACAUGACUAAAUGAUAUAUUUAAUUGGACAGUACAUAGUGUCAGUUAAAUAAACCACACUGUUUAGUCAAGUGACACAAAAAGCAUACAUCAUCCCAAAGAUAAUCAUCUUUGGUUGCAGGGACUACAAAGUCGAUAGAAAGCAGAUGUGUCAUAUGCAAAAUAUGUGGUGCGAAAGUCAUAGAUGCAAUUGCCACAACAUUGAACUUCACAAAGCCCUACAAGUCUUGCUGAAAAAAUUGAACCACAUCAGCUAGUUAAAGUCUUCCCACAAAGAAUGAUAAGUCAGAUAUUAAUUGGUUAGCUAACCAAAGAAGUUGCCUGGCUCUCAGGGUAGGUAGUCGCAUUCUCCUGUUCUGUUGCUGUCAUUACUAUGCCACUUACCCAUCUGAAGUAGGGCCGGGAAUUUCCCUAAUUUUCUCUUCAUGAAAAUACAGUGAUUGUGGCGUAGCACCCACCACCACCCCCACCAUGGCCUCAGAGGGUCCGGAGACUGACAUACUGGAUGAUCCACUGCUCAUCUUGGAGAGUGGGGAGGUGUAUAGAAACCCCACUGAAGUGAAGAUGAGCCAGAUUGUGCUGCCCUGCCAUGCCAACCACUGUGGGGAACUCAGUGUUGGUCAGCUGCUCAAGUGGAUGGACUCGACUGCCUGCCUGUCUGCUGAAAGGCAUGCUGGGUGUUCCUGCCUUACGGCCUCUGUUGAUGACAUCCACUUUGAACACACCAUAGGGGUAGGACAAGUUGUCAACAUCAAGGCUAAAGUCAACAGAGCCUUCAACUCCAGCAUGGAGGUGGGGAUUUUGGUAAGCUGUGAGGACCUCUUCAGUGACCAGCAGUGGAAGGUAUGCCACGCAUUUGCUACCUUCGUGGCCCGACGCACAGAAGCCGGGAAGGUGCAGCUGAGGCAGGUGGUCCCAUUCACACAGACGGAGAAGAUAGAGUACAGCAUUGCUGCUGAAAGGAGGCGGAUGAGGCUGAUCCAUGCUGAGACUGUCAUGGAUCUGCUCAGUAAUGACACUGUCCACGAGGUGAGAGAGUGUCAGGAGUACGAGGACGCCGUGCCUGCAGAGCGGACGCGGGUGGAGAGCGUGGAGCUGGUGCUGCCCCCUCAUGCCAACCACCAGGUGAACACCUUCGGGGGUCAAAUCAUGGCCUGGAUGGAGAACGUGGCCACCAUUUCAGCAAGCCGUCUCUGUAGUGCUCAUCCCACCCUGCGGACAAUUGACAUGUUUCAUUUUCGAGGCCCGUCCCAAGUCGGAGAUCGUCUUGUUCUGAAGGCCAUUGUUAACAAUGCCUUCAGGAAGAGCAUGGAGGUGGGUGUAUGUGCGGAGGCGUAUCAGGGCGGCGAGCACGUGCGGCACAUCAACAGUGCCUUCAUGACCUUUGAGGUUCUGGACGAGGAGAGGAGGCCGUGCACGCUGCCCCGAAUAAGACCUGAGCCUGUGGACGGGAAGAGGCGCUAUCAAGAGGCCAUUGCAAGGAAGAAGAUCAGACUGGAUAGAAAAUACAUGAUCUCCUGCAGGCAAAUGGAGGUGCCAUUGUCUGUUCCGUGGGACCCCAGCAAUCAGAUUUACCUCAGCUAUAACAAUGUGUCUGCCUUGAAGCUGCUGGCAGCCAAAAGCAACUGGGUGCUGAACUCCGAGAAAAACAAGGUGAGCCUGUACACCCUGGAAGAGAACCAGGCCCUGUGUUUUAAGGUGGAGACCCAUGUGGAUGUCCCAGCAGAGAAAGCCUUCGUGUUGCUGUCUGACCUGAGUCGCCGGCAGGAGUGGGACACGCACUAUGAGAAGUGUGAGGUGAUUAUCCAGGUGGAUGAGGACGAUACAAUCUACCGUGUGGUCACUCCUUCAGUCAGAAAGGGCAGCAAUGUCCAAGACUUCAUCCUGCUGGCGUCCAGGAGGAAACCCUUUGGCACAGGUGACCCGUACGUGAUUGCUUUGCGCUCUGUCACACUGCCCACACAUCCCCCCAUGGAUGAUUACAACAGGGGCGAGGUACUUUGUGCAGGGUUCACAAUUUGGGAGGUUUCCAGCACCGUCACCAAGAUCUCCUACUACAAUCAGGCCACUCCUGGAGUCCUUCCCUAUAUUUCCACUGACAUCGCUGGGCUGUCCUCCGGCUUUUACUGCACCUUUUCCUCCUGUAGCCAGUUCCUUGAGAAGAACAAGGAUAGUCCAGCCACCCUUGCAUUGUAACUGUAUAAUGGUGAGAUCCUGCCAAGCCUGGGGUGCGGCAGAGUUCCGCAGCCUGGACCCACGUCUCUGGAAUCACUGUCUGAACAGCACUGAUAUUGCAUUAAUGUAAUUUCAAAUGAGUAACGUACACAGAUUUUCUGAAUCUUUUCAUUCAAACUUUGAUCACUGCUUUUAUUUGCUAGUAACGAGGGCGAGCGAUGAAUGUACGAGGUUAUAGCCUCAGUCCACUUCUGUUACUGGAACAUUUUUGAAGGGGAUACAGUUUCUGGUUUUAAUAAAAAGGAGAGCAACUGUCUUUUUUGUAUUUUCAAGAUAUCUUUAUGGAAGAAAGUCAUGGUGAACAAUUUUAUCCUGGUAUAUUCUAGUAAUUGAGACAAUAAGUUAUUUAAAUUAUUAAGAAUUGCUUUAGUUGGUAAGAUUUCAGUGAUGUGAUGCUGUUUUAUAGUUGUUUAAGAAUGAGCAUCCACUGAUUUAAAUAUUUUGCACAAAAUAUUUAAAAUGUGACUGUUUGACUGUGAAAGUAUAGUGCUGAAGAUAGGACUGGUUUAUUAAUUAUUGUACACAGGCAGCACAUAUGUGUGUUUGUAUUUGUAACUUUUUGAGUUGAGUUCAGUGCAUUGAAUGUACAAUACUAUUAUUGUAGAGUGUUUUGUUGUAAAGUGUUUUCUACCUCAAAUAUGUCUGGGCUCUAUUUUUAUGAUGCAAAAUUAGUCAGGCAAGCACUGGUGCAGAUCAACAAAAUUGGCUUUGGUAUUUUAACAACAUUAAAGAUAAAGAUUUUUGAUUUGUUUUAUCUAUUAAAUGUAUUAAAAUUGGUUUGAUGCUGUUAUAUAGUGGUAUAUAGACAUAUGUCUGUUAAUUAUUUUCACUAAUAUUAUUAGGUUUACACAGCACCACUGUUCUUCUUAGUAUUAUUUAUAAAAUGAAAUACAGUUUACUUAAAACAGUGGAUAAACCAACUUGAUGUACUUAUAAGCAUGGAAAAUGUUUUUAACAAGUGUUCUAAUCGAUUGAGGCAUUGAAAUGAAUUCCAAAUCAUUUAAAGAGCAAGAAGAGCAUUUAAAGACCAUUUUUUAUGCUGUCCUCCAUUUCAGAGCAUCAUAAUGUGUGGGACAUAUUAAUGUCAUGCAAAUAAAAGUAGUCAGGUUUAGGGCUUUGUCACA